CUUCAAACAAGGCAACCCCUCCCAGCCACCACCUUUUCUUCCUCACCUCGACACCAGCACCCCUCCGCUGUGUGCUCUCUUCUUUACUCUUCUUCUCUUCUCGUAUCAUAUAUUCACGGGACUUUCGUUCGGAACCGUAUUUCAAUUCCUCCACUUGCAGCCGGCUGACUAUCGGGUGCUGUUUUGCUUACGGCUUUGUUUCACCGUGUUUUAGAGACUCUAUUACUUCUUCACACUCUACACCUGCCCGACACACACACGCGCACCUGUGUCUUGCGGGCAGAAGACUAGAACAGAUCCACCAUGAACGGCUCGUUCUCUGACUCUGAGGCCGACCUGGUCGCCAGUGUGCAGCUCCAGGCGAACGACGACAUUCCAGAGGAGCCUGAGAUGGUCCUUUCAGACGACGCGGAGAGCAGCCAGGUGUUUGCCCCCCCCCCGCGGAUAGCUGCCCGCUUUUAUCGCCCUUCGAACAGCCGCCGAAAGUCUUCUGCGGCCUCGUCGCGUCGCAACUCCAUUUCUUCGACGCACUCCCACCAGUCGAACCGCUCCUACCGCAACAGCUGCCAGAGCAACCACGUUGCCCAGCAUCUCCGCCGCGCAUCCAUACUCGAGAGCCGCAAGGCAAGAUUAGCGGACCGUGCCGCACAUGCCGAACAGGUGCGUUUGCGCGCGGCCCUGGCCAAAGCAACCCCACGCAGCUCCAACAGCGAAGAGAAAGCGUUGGCAGCGCAGCAGGCCCGCGAGAGACACCUGGCGCAGGUUGCCGCAGCAUGCGCCGAGGAAGUUCGACGUGCAAAGAAAGUUGCAGAGGAAAUGAAGGAGAGAAAAGCCGCCGAAGAGCGCCGGUACAGGCUCGAAAUGGAGGAGAAGCUUGCAGAUGCUGAGCGGAGGAGGCUCGAAUACAAACGCAAUGCGCGCAGGCCCAGGACCGCCAGUUCGCCACCCACUGACACAAAGAAGCCAGCUCUGCGCCCUGCGGUAUCUUCUGAUGUGGCAGCCAAGCGCAUCCAGGCUGCCUGGAGGGCCCGGUCGAGGAAAUGCGUUGUUGACGCAUGGCUGGAGCUGGGUCUUUCCAUCGACAAGGUCCAUGACACCAGUUUUGACGACAUCACCACAUUGCUGGGGGACGAGAAGGUCCUGGCCACGACGGAGAAGAUCAUGUCGCUGUUCCAGCUGCUCCCAGAGGGAGACGCCACCCCCGGCGGGGCCGCUGUUAGAAAGUUUCUGUCGGCAUACCUCAUUCUGGGACACCCCGCACAUGUUUUGAGCCGCGAUGGCGAUCAGGAGCAAGACCUCAUCACUAAAGCUAAGGACCUCAUUAUAUCUUUCGAAUCUGCACUCUCAAAGCUUACCACCUUCAACUACUAUACCCCUUCGCCCACCCGGCUGGAAACGGUUCUGCUAGCUCAUGGCGCAUUCGUUACCGCCUUUAACGAUUGGAAGGCACGAGAUUCAUCAGCUCUCGUUGAGACCAUGGUUGCCUCAUUCGUUAACCUAGAUGCAAUUUGGCAAAGUGUCAAAGAUGAAACAAGCGACGAAGUCGCUACCGAUUAUAAAAAUGGGAUCCGGGACAAUCAAGCCAUCCUUCUCAGCAAGAUUAAAAAGCUUGCAGGGCAAGACAGGGCGUUCACCCUAAUCAGGAAAGCUAUUCGUGAGAGCCGCAAGGCAAGACCGAAGAAAAGACCCGCUGGAGACGUCCGCCCUCGUGUUGCAAUUGAUUCUCGUCCCGGAUCUCCUAUUUCAGACGAAAACUCGGCUGUGCAAACCGCAGCUGCUUCUCAGGUUUCGUCACCUCACGACCCAGCUUCUGCUGAAGGUCACCAGGCAAACUCUUUAUCGAAAGUGUUUACAGUUGUCCCCGGAAACCGCAUUCUUGUGCACGAGUUGUCCAUUGAUAAAGAAUACCGCAUUGAUGCCUCGCCCACCGCAGACUUACGGGAUGCUCUCAACAGAGAGGUAUGUGAUUCCAUGCUCAAGGGCUUUGAGAAUAGAGAAGGUGCCGUGUGGACCGUCGCUAUGGCGGAAAAUAUCCGAGCGAAGCUGCUUCGCUUGCUGAAGCCUGGCAACUCGAUGCAUACACUCAUAACUGAUACCUUGGACCCGGAGCUCAUCAACCGACAAUGUAGCCAGGGCAUGUUCUCGUACGAGAAGUUCUUCUCCUUCAUUGCCAACAUUCUUCCAAAACUCUGUGCUCCUUUCCGCGAUUCCGAGGUUAAGGCUCUUGCCGAUGAGCUCCAAGAGGAAGGUCUAUUGCCAGAGAUGAUUGAGAAGCUGUUCAAGCUCCUGCACGUCAUUGAUCUUCUCUCUCUAGAUUAUUCUAAUUUUCUAUUGAUGAACGCGGCUCCGACGCUCAUCAAAGAGGCUCCUGGAUACGAGCAGCGCAUGUUUGCACAAGAUCUAGAGUCUGGUACAAUUACAUUGGAGAGGACCCGUCGCUGGUGGCGCAGCGCUGCUGUAAAUAUGCAUACAGAAGCUGACCGCCGUGAUCCAUGGAACGAUCCGAAUCCGGUGAACCGCCCCACGCCUCAGAAGAUUUAUGCCCGCGGCCUUGUCGAUCUCGCCAUCGCGACGCCUCCGCUGAGAGACUCAGAGUUACCCGAGACACUCGAGCUUGACCGAGAUCGAAUAUCACGCAUUCGCACGGAUGCCCUUCGCAUAACCAUCAUUGGUGGUAUCCUUUUGACCGCUAAAAACCUCCUCAAGCGUGACGUCCGCUCCCAAUGGAAGCACGAAGCCAAUCGAAUGUGGGAGACACUCAAAGACGGCUAUCUCAAAGAUUCGGCAACGCCUUCCAAGAUUUCUUCUCUCCUAGAAUCAUCUCACGCGAUGCCACCUACCAGCCGUGCCCAGCUUGCAUCCACAAUCACUCGCUUGCUUACCCAAGCCGAAGCUGGAAGGCUGUCUGAUCCAGUCCUUAAGGUCCUCUUCCAAAGAUUGAAGACUCUCAUCUUCAAUCGCGUCUCAGCCAGCAGCUCUGGCGAGAGAGUUAGGGCUGCUAGCACUGCUACAGAAGGACUCGCUACGACUGGACUCCCUGAGUUUGUGAGUCAGGUUGGAGAUAUUGUCGAACAACUUGGGAAGGUCAGCGAUGUUGAUAGAAGGGCGCACGGCAGCUGGUAUGAGCAAAUUGCCGAGGAGAUGGAGAUGCUGGGGACAGGGGGCGAAGAGUUGACCCGGUCGCCUAGUGCAGGGUCUUCCGCCGAAUGAGCUGGGUGAUGUUUGAGGUUUUCGUGCUAUUGUGCUUUGUCCUUUGGAUAAGUUGAUCGAUUCUUACUUUUACUGUUUGUUUCAUGCAUUGUGCGAUCAUUCAUGCGUUUGUUUGGCGUUUGUGUUUCACGCAUGGCGUCAGGUGGAAAUGUGCAUGGCAUAUCGUACGGUUUUUGUUUUUUUUUGCAUUAACUUUUCCUUUGAUGAUAUCAUUUGUCUCGGUCUUGGACGAAAUUUAGAGACAUCGUUGGAUCGGUGUCACUCAUGGAUCUUGGAAUGGAUAUCACUCGAGACAGGUUUGGGCGGAUAUAUCUGAAAGUAAUUGGCAUCUGUAACGGAUUGAUACUAGAAUUAACUGCGAUGUAUUUUUGUUUAA